GGCUCUGGGAAGGAAGUGAAGCUGUUCUGCUCUCCAGCAUACGCUGCUCUCUGAGGGUUCUAGAGACCUGCAGCCAUCCCCGGGGGUCGCUUACAGAGCCGCGUGCCUGUGCUUUAGCCAGAGGUGAAUCAGGAAUGGAUUAAUGGCCAGAUACCUGUCCAAGGAAUGUCUCAAACCCUGCCGGAUUGCUGAUGGGCAGAGCUGUGUCUGUGAAUAAGGAUAUUUCAUAGGUGCAAUGAGACGGGGUUCUAGCUAAUUAGAUUAUUAUGGAUCCGAUUUGUUCUGAACGUCAUGCAAUCUGCUCUGCUACUCUAUGAGUGCACCUGGUCUUCCACUCACACUCACACCAACCAGCUCUCACACCCUUUUAAACCGACCAUCCAGGAGAUAAGGUUUGGGACUGCAGCCUGAGGCGGGUCUGGACCAGACGGCUGUGAUUGAUGCAGACGGUGGGCUUCAUGCAAUAUUGUAUCAUCUCACGGUCUAAUGGAGAAAGUGGCUUUGAACUACAUUAUCAACACAACAAUAAACCCUAAUCACUCUACCCAAACCUAGUGAUUCUUACUUACCCCACCCAGGCCUAGAGCGUACGAGUUCACUCCAGUUCUCGCUGCCAAGAGCCAUGAGCUGAACGGGCCGGAUUAUUCUAGGUGUCCACCCCUGGGCAGCGGACAAUGUGACAGUGGUCCAACCGGCAUCCCACGGCAGAGUUGGUGAAUCAUGAAGAACACAAUCUUCUGGAUAUUCACACUCAUUGCAGGUAUAGCAACUGCACAGAUUUGCCCAAAAAGAUGCCUGUGCCAGAACCUUGCCCCAUCCUUAGCAAUCUUGUGUGCCAAGACUGGGUUACUCUUUGUCCCAUCAGUUAUAGAUCGUCGGACUGUGGAGCUCAGACUCACCGACAACUUCAUUACCAUAAUCCGCAGAAGAGACUUCACUAACAUGACCCGAUUGCUGCACCUAACUUUAUCCAGAAACACCAUCAGCCUCAUCACUCCUCACACGUUUGCCGAUCUCCGAGGUCUGCGGGCAUUGCACCUGGAUAAUAACCGCAUUCUGUCUAUGGGGGACGAGCAGCUCAAAGGCCUUCUAAAUCUUAGGCAUCUCAUCCUAAGCAACAAUCAGCUUAACACUAUUUCACCAGGUUCGUUCCAUGAUUUUGUGGGGACCCUGGAAGAUCUAGAUCUUUCAUAUAACAACCUGGUUGAGAUCCCCUGGCAGACCAUCUCCAAACUGACUAAUGUCAAUUCUUUGAGCCUUGACCAUAACCUUAUUGAAUUUGUGCCUGGAGGAGUUUUCACCAACCUCCACAAACUGGCACGAUUAGACAUGACCUCUAACAAGCUAAAAACCAUUCCACCUGACCCUUUGUUCCUGCGUAUUCCAGUCUAUGCUAAAUCCAAAGGGUCACCACUUUCAUCCCUGGUACUGGGGUUUGGAGGAAAUCCUUUACACUGCAACUGCGAGCUUCUGUGGCUUCGACGAUUGACUAGAGAGGAUGAUUUGGAGACCUGUGCUUCACCCCACAACCUCCUGGGAAAAUAUUUCUGGAGUAUAUCGGAGGAAGAGUUCAUGUGUGACCCACCUGUGGUCACACACCAUUCAGGACAUAGCUUUGUUAUGGAGGGAGAGGGGGUUGUUUUAAAAUGCAAGGCAGUGGGGGACCCUGAGCCUUCGAUCCAUUGGGUGUCCCCCGAAGGUAAAGUAUUCUCCAACUCAUCUAGAGCAAUCUCUUAUGAAAAUGGGACUCUAGAAAUCUCUAUUACCAUGGUGAGGGAUUCUGGAUCCUUUACUUGUAUUGCCUCAAACACAGCAGGCGAUGCCACUGCAUCUGUGGAAUUGAGCGUUAGUCCAUUACCUCACCCAUCCAAUACCAGUCAAAGAGGGCACAGAUUAGACAGGGGACCUUCUGACAUUCUCAUUCAAGCUAAGCCUGGAUCUUCUCAAAAUGAAUCCAACAGCCACUCAGAGAGGAAGGUGAUAACGGCCCAACUGAGUCAUAAUUCGGCCGUAGUGCAGUGGUUCUUGGACCGAAACAUACCUGGGAUUCGAAUGUACCAAGUUCAGUACAAUAGCUCUGCAGAUGACAGUCUAAUAUACAGGAUGAUACCCCCAAAUAAUCAGAGUUUCCUUCUGAAUGACUUGGCACCUGGCCGCGAGUAUGAUCUGUGUGUCCUGGCCGUGUAUGAUGAUGGGAUGACUUCACUGACCGCCACUAGGGUCGUGGGCUGUGCUCACUUCAGCACAAAAGAUGAAGUUGGGCAGUGCCAGCCUCUCCACACUCAAUUCCUUGGGGGCACCAUGAUAAUUAUUAUAGGAGGGAUUAUUGUGGCCUCUGUGCUGGUCUUUAUUAUCAUCCUGAUGAUCAGAUACAAAGUGUACAGUGGCCAAGAAGAAGGUGGGAAAGCCCGGGUCAGCAAUGUCUACUCUCAGACCAAUGGGCAGCAAGCUCUGGCUUGCGCCAAUUCUUGUGCCAAGCUCACAGGGGCUUUUGAGGAGCUGCCAUUGAGCACAGAUUUUACAACAGAGGAAAAGGCAUUGAGGGGUGUGUGCGGCACCAUUUCCAAACCAGACCAAGGUAGUGAUCACACUGGGAAGCAGAGGAUGGAUCUAAACAUAUGACAGCGGCUCCCACCACUCACAGGCACGGAAGGGUAACGAGACGAUGCACAUGAUGUGGGCUGCUUUUUGCGCUGGAAGGCAGGACGCCCUCACAGUUAUCCGAUGGCUGCGAGCUGAUUCAUCGCAAGUGGUUGGAACGCGACUGACCCUCUCAUCUACAGUCUGCUCGCUGUUGCAGACCGGUUUCCAUGGAAACGAACAGGAUAAAGUUUCUGAACUCGUCCCUGUAUCCCUGCUUUACUGCACAUAAAACACGCCCCCUCGCCAUCCAUACCCCGAACCACCCUGGACAGAAACACACCGAAUCUCCCAGACCUACAAAGAUUUUUUUACUUUUUUUAUAUAUUUACUUUUGUAAUCCACCCAGAUGUUUUGUAAUAAAAUCUCAGCAAAAUGAAUGUUGACUAUCGCUCUCCCCCUCCACAUGGGCAGGUCACGUUAAGUGCCAAACAUCUUGCAAAGUCUUUCAAUGCACAAAUCAAUUGCAGUGUACAAUAACACACAGGUAACCAAGGCCG